AGGGCGUUCGUCGGGCCCGCGCCCAGCGCGGGGACCGUGUCUCCGGCCACCGCCAGGCCACGUGCACCGUAACAGGAACGGUGGCGGUUAUUCAAACGUAGCUGUGCUGAAAACUGCGCGUGCUCGCAGGCUCGGUACACCAGCUGCACGGGGUUGAGGGCCCUGGUUUUGUUUACCGCAUAAGGCGAGCACCAGGGAGGAAACGCAUGCGCGUACGAGCCGACCGGCGGCGCGCGUAGAUGCGCCAAGGGCGCCUGGUGCUGCUAGAGAGCAUGCGUAGUUGGUUCGCAAAGGGGGGGAGCCAUGCACGUAUUGCACAUGCGCAGCAUGGUCUGUUUAUGCGCAUGCGCCCCCGGCCUUUUUCCAGCCACGGCGACGCGCACUUUACAAACUGGGGGUGGUGAGCGGCGCGUGCUGCCCCCAAGGCUCCGUUUGGUCGCUGUCGUCUAGCCACCCUCACCCCCCCCUCCCGGCAGUGAGCGGGAAAUCACGCGCUGUGCAGCGCAGGGGCCUCCGGGCUGUCGGCUGCCCCGGGGCGGUGGCUGGGACCCGUGUUCUUUGUGCGGCGGCAGAGCCCGGCCCAACGGAAGCGGGAGCACGCGCCGCCAUUUCCUAACGCGCCCUCGCCACAAUCUCCUCGGCUUACUGCUGCCCGACUGGGACUAGGCGACCUCCGGACCGGAUCAGGCUCGGCCCUUAACGCCGACGCGGAGCGCCACCAUGUCGACGGAAGGCGAAUCGGAGCCGAGUCUUGCUUCCAGCAUGAUGCUGAACACGGAGGGCGGCGAGGGCUUCGUAGUGAAGGUGCGCGGGCUGCCUUGGUCCUGCUCCGCCGAGGAGGUCCAGCGAUUCUUCUCGGAAUGCAAAAUUCAAAAUGGAGCCUCGGGUAUCCGUUUCAUCUACACAAGAGAAGGCAGACCAAGCGGAGAAGCUUUUGUUGAACUUGAAACGGAAGAUGAUGUGAAAUUGGCACUGAAGAAAGACAGAGAAACAAUGGGACACAGAUAUGUUGAAGUUUUCAAGUCAAACAACGUUGAAAUGGAUUGGGUUCUGAAGCAUACUGGUCCUAACAGCCCUGAUACUGCUAAUGAUGGUUUUGUACGUCUUAGAGGACUCCCAUUUGGCUGUAGCAAAGAAGAAAUUGUACAGUUCUUUUCAGGGUUGGAAAUCGUGCCAAAUGGGAUAACAUUGCCGGUGGACUUCCAGGGGAGGAGUACGGGGGAGGCCUUCGUGCAGUUUGCUUCACAGGAAAUAGCUGAAAAGGCUCUAAAGAAACACAAGGAGAGAAUAGGGCACAGGUAUAUUGAAAUCUUCAAGAGUAGUCGAGCAGAAGUGCGUACUCAUUAUGAUCCUCCCCGCAAACUACUGGCCAUGCAGAGGCCAGGUCCUUAUGACAGGCCUGGUGUUGGAAGGGGCUAUAACAGUCUUGGUAGAGGAAGUGGUUUUGAAAGAAUGAGACGUGGAGCUUAUGGUGGAGGUUAUGGAGGCUAUGAUGACUACAAUGGAUAUAGUGAUGGCUAUGGCUUUGGUUCUGAUAGAUUUGGACGAGAUCUAGAAUGGACUCUUCUCUCCACAGGCAUGUCUGACCACAGAUAUGGAGACGCAAGUUCUACUUUCCAAAGCACAACUGGUCAUUGCGUACACAUGAGAGGAUUACCUUACAGAGCUACAGAGAACGACAUUUAUAACUUCUUCUCACCUCUGAACCCUGUAAGAGUCCACAUUGAAAUUGGACCAGAUGGUAGAGUGACCGGAGAGGCAGAUGUUGAGUUUGCUACUCAUGAGGAUGCUGUGGCCGCCAUGUCCAAAGACAAAGCAAAUAUGCAACACAGAUAUGUAGAACUCUUCUUGAAUUCUACAGCAGGAGGAAGUGGUGGUGCAUAUGGCAGCCAAAUGAUGGGAGCAAUGGUCAAGGAAUCGGAAGGGGUAGUUCAAGAUUGGAACACUAGCACAUUGCCAGGAAACCAAUCCACUUAUGGUGCUAAUCAGCAGCUGAGUGGGGGUUAUGGAGCUGGCUAUGGCACUCAAAGCAGUAUGAGUGGAUAUGGUAAUCAAAGCGCAAUGAACAGUAGCUACUACAGCAGUGGGAACCGUGCGUCCAUGGGAGUGAAUGGAAUGGGCGGGAUGUCCAACAUGUCCAAUAUGAGUGCUGGCUGGGGAAUGUAACUGACUUUUGGUCAUUUUUUUUUAAAAAAACAAAACAAAACAAAAAACUAAGUUUAACAGUUUUGCAAUACAAGCUUGUGAUUUAUGCUUUACUGUAAGUGAAAUCAGGAUUAUUUUAAAACUUCAGGUUCAGUAUUUUUGAACACAUGGAAGAAAUAAACAUUCACUUAGGAUGUAAUAACCAAGUUGAGUAAAGACUAUAACUGUUAAACAAUUUUCAGCUUUUUCUCAAGUUAGUUUUGUUGUAGGAGCGUAUUUAAGCAGUAAGCGUAUUUAGGUUAAAGCUGUUUCAAUUAUGUUAAAUGUUGCUCUUAUACCACAUUACACCCAACACUGUUUUGAAUGCAUGUUGAAAAACAUGCUUUUUUGUAAACUGAAAUAUGGGAGCUAUGUCUACAAUUCAAAGUGAACAUUUGGCAUGUUAGUUCUAGUUUUUCUUUUAAUAUCCUGUAAGGCACGUUUAAGCUUUUUUUUUUUUAUUUUUAUUAUUAUUAAGUUAAUGGGGAAACGUGUUGAGACGUGAUACAGCUACUUUAGGAUUUUGGUCUUGGUGUUCGUAUAAAAUUCUGAGGCCUUGAUUUAAUCUUUCAUUGUAUGGUGAUUUCCUUUUUAGGUGUAUUGCGCUAAGUGAAACUUGUUAAAUAAAUCUUCCUUUUAAAAA